AUGUGCAUAUUUGGAAUGGUUAGCGAGGCGUUGAGAUGUCGUUACGGAGGAAAGGUUCGGCAUUAUGGUCGAAUUCUAUCGAUUCCGGGCUCGAACCAGACCUGCUUGCCGAGCACACAUUAUUGCUUGCAACUUCAUUUUGAUUAUUUUGCAGACGAUGGUCGAUACAAUGGUGUGUUACGAUUGUGCGACGGUGAGAUGACGGGCUUUAAGGAGAAGUUCUGUAUGGUUGAAGGAUGUACGACGCAAUACGACUUCGAAGGAGGCAAAGCGCGAGUGUGCUGUUGUUCGACGGAUUAUUGUGAUCAUUCGGCAGCAUCGAAUCUUUCGAAUUUACCAAUUCUCUUGAUUCUACCUCUGUUAUUAAGCCAAUUCUUAGCGUAG